CGAACGCGAAUUCAAACUUGUAAACAAAGCUUGACAGUGUCAUUGUGAGCAAAAAGUCGCGAUUUUGCCAAAAUGAUGCGAAAAUCAAAUUUAGGGGCUGGAAGUGUUCAGCGCCCUGGAACCCUGAAACCUCGAAAUACAGACAAUACUCCAAAUAACAGGCGGAGUGCAGGGCAACAGAUGAGGAAGUCUUACCUUCCCAAAGCCUCACAAGUAGACAGUGCUAAGAAACUAGCCAGUAGAAGUAAGCGCAUCAGUGCGGAAGGACUCAGCAGACUCUCCAUCGCUUCGGGAAGAUUUACCCCCACUAGGAACAAUGUCCCGGUCUCAAGCAUGUUGGCUCCUCCCAGUGUCAGCAGACUGUCAAUGGAUUCAGCGCGCAACUCCAGCAUGGGAACAAAAGUGAGGAAGGAGAUCCGCCCCAUCACAGACUCCAGUUUUAAGAGCCAGUGCGUGGACAAAAUUCUGGACUUCCUUGUCAGCAGGAGCUAUGAACAGCUGGUUCAGCGAAGAACACUCCUCACACCUUCCACAAAAGAUUUUGCUAACAUCUUCAGCUUUAUAUACAGGCACCUUGAUGGUCAAUAUAAUUUGCCAAACAGAUUCGAAGAGGAAAUUCCGCGCUUGUUAAAGCUUUUGAAAUAUCCAGUGCAGAUGUCAAAAUCAUCCUUCAUUACGGAUUGGACCGGGACAGAAUCGCUACACCUGGGGAAUUUUGGUGCACCUCGGGACCGCAUUAAAGCUUUGUGCUCAAAUGCCGUUAUGCUUCGAGUCAAAUCUCAACAACCCCAAUCUACAGUGGCUCAUUAG